AUGGCUGAAGGCGCAGAGCAGGCCCAGGAGCGGCAGAGGUUGGAGGGAGGGGAGCGCGAGGACGAGGACGAGGACGAGGACGAGGACGAGGAGAGCCAUGACGACGACCAUGACGAGGAGGAGGAAGACGACGACGACGAUGAGGACGAUGAGGACGAUGAGGAUGAUGAGGACGACGAUGACGAUGAGGAGGGCGGAGGGGGGAGGCGGCGCAACGUGCGGCCUUCCGAUGGCAAUGGGCUCUCCCUCAAGCUGAUGCGAUUCUUGCAACGCUCUGAGUUUGACGAGGAACUCUACGAGUUUCUCUACCAUGGGCUCUCAGAUAUUACCGUCGCCCCCAUAGGCGAAGAGCAGCCGCUGCAGCUGUUCUCCCUCUAUCAGGCGUUCACAGAUAUGUUCGACGAACGGUUCCGUCGCUUCAUGUCGCAAAACGGCUACUCUUCGUUAGAAGCUGUCUACAGGAAGCUGGAGGAAGAAAACUCCAACAAACCGAGGACUAGAAGGUUUCUCAGUAGCCUGCAUGCUGGGAUGCAGUACGAGUCCUUCGUUGAGCUCGCCCUGGAGUUUCAAGAGGCCCCUGACGAGUGA